AUGAUCUGUCGUCGACUUCGCUGCACCCCGCUUGCAUCCGCCGCUGUGAUGUUUCCCGAUGUCUCGGGUACCUGGGACGCGGUGACCACGCUCGAUUUCUCUCGCACGUAUGUUGGCUCGCAAGGGGCGCUGCCGGUGAUUGAGCUCUGCCGUUGCCUGCCCCGUCUGCAGUCGCUCGUGUUUUGCGACAACUACCUGAGCAACCAUACGGUGUGGUACCUAGUGCAGAUGGCCCUGUUCCAUCCAUCCUUAGAACGAGUCGAUCUCUCUGCCAACGAGUACAUCUCGUGGAGCGGCGCCAUGUGCCUCGUAGAGCUGGUGCUGCGCAACUCGCGCAUCAUCUACGUUGGGCUGCGAGGGUCUGCAGUGUCGCCGGAGAUAGCGGGCUGCAUUGAAGCGCAGACGCGGCAGAAUGCCGUCAGCCGCUUCCGAAGCGAAGGCAUGAAGCGAUCACCGCCGGUGCAUCCGGCUGCCGUGUACAUCCGUUCUUUGAAGCAGCUGUUUGAGACGCACCAGCAGCAUGGGCAGGUGAGCGCGUCCCUGCUUGACAGCGGCUUCGAAGAGCUCUUGCGCGUCUCGGGACGCACCGGGGAGCUUCACCUCUUCACUGAGAAGCACUUUUCGAAGCUCAAGGCACGCGCCCCUCCUGGCGGUCUCACCUUCGAGGCGUUCCUGGUUCUGCUCUUGAUCGACGGCAGCACCUACGACGAGACCACCGUAGCCACGCUGAAGCGCGUCUUUACACUGUUCAACAUGGAUCCUUCGGUCCCAGACCCCAUCAGCGACGGCUAUAUUCUUGGUAGGGACAUGGCGGACAUCAUGACCCACGUGUAUGGCUCGAGGCCCUCCGACGCUGACGUGACAGCGCUGCAGCGCCGCUUAGGCGCCACUGCCGACACGACCACUCUCGACUGGGAGGAGUUUCUCUACGUUGCCUAUCCGCACGGUCCAAAGGCGGGUGAUCGACUGUGCGGCCUGACGUGCACGCCUCUCGCGAGCCCAAUCGAGGCCAUGCACUGCUGA